AUGGACACGACUAAAAACCUGUUUGCCGGUGUUCCACCAAAUAAUACACGUUCCGCAGGCAUUAAAAUGGGCUGGACCGAUUGUUUUCAUAUUCUCAAUGGGCAAUGGAGCGUUUCUAAGAACGCUUUAGUAUAUGUUAUUGACCACGAAAACAUCGCUAUGCAAUCAAGCGACGAAGACUCUGACGGCAAUAUACGAUUGUCAAAGUUCCUAUCCCGUCGGAUAAAGGCUUCUCGACUACCGGAUGCACAAUCACAGACAGGCCAAUUGCAAGUUGAAAAUAAUUAUAAAAUUACGUUCUGUGGUACUUCAAAGAUCAAACCAUUGACCCCCUAUCAAAGGAUGAUCCUGAAGAACUUUCUGGCGCAUGAAAAUAAUAUGCAGGAAAGCAACGUAGCCUUGCUAGACAUUGAGGAUAUCCAUCUCGACGAGCAGGUCGACGGCUUUGAUAUCCCAACACAUUGCGGUGUAUUCCGGGCAGCGCACUUUGAGACACAACACCGAGAUCCUUAUCCGUUCAAAGCAACUUCUUUAACCAUGAAGAGAUCAAACCUGACACGUUCUACUUCCAACGUAUUAUUUAGAGUUGAUCCGAGACUAAACGUCAACCAAUACGGAGAAGUUUUAUUCUUUUUUUCAGUGGAAAUUCCAGAAAAUAACGACAACAAUUUCGUUUAA